AUGGUGUACAAGUCGUUGACCAAUGUCCCUCGCAACUUCAAGGAGGCCAUUGACUGGUUGGUGGCUUUGAAGGGAACUGAUUCUGAAAAGAACUUGGCUGCUAUAGGUGUUGCACUUUACUAUUUCCUUGCAGACAUGCCUGUCGGCUAUACGAACCUGCCAGCACUCGAGAAAGUUAAACUUGUUUCUAAGAAGUUCCUGGAGAAACCGGAGCUUAAGAACCAGCCUUUUGUCAAAGCCCUGCUGGACAGGUUCAGCAACCCAAUGAAUAAAACCGGCCUAUUCGCGCGCCGCAGCCAAACAUACACCAAUAGUGAAUAUGAGAACGUUGUACAGACAAGGGGUGCCAAAUGUGAAACUCUCGCAAAAAAUUUCGGUAAAGUUGUAGAUGCUACCGAAAAGUUUUUGGCUAGUAUAACAAACCCUGGGGAGUAUAAGUCGGCUUACAGUUCCGAAGCUUCGUGGGAUGACUCAUGUGCAAAGGACCCGGAAGCUUGCGCAGUGGUCUUUGUUGGGAUUGCGCCCAUGUUAUACACCGGCUUGCAUUCUUUGCGAAUUGCGAGUAAAGCUACAACCAAUAAACUGUUAUUUGAUGUUAAACAUACUCUUGGAGAUGUGAUGAAAGCUGUAGGUUACAAAGAGCCAGGGUUACGCGCUAGCAUAAGUGGUUCAGAUGUCCUUAAGGCGUUAGAAGGUGUGGAUAAACGAGUUUUGGACAUAAUAUACGACUUCUCUGGCUUCUGGGCCUUCUAUUGA